UUUAAUUUAUACCGAUGAAUGGUCACAUACGCACGCUAUCGAGGAACCGAUAGCAUUCACACCACGGCGAUUAAUCAAUAGUGCAAUGUUUACAAAAUAUUUCAAGUGGAUGUUGCUCAGAAGGAGCGUUUAACUAGUUUUAGUCAUGUCUAGUCGUAGUUUAAGUGCAAUAGUCCUGCUGCUUGGGGCGUUGAUGUCCGCCUGCGACGCCUCCAACGGGGACCGCACACAGUUUUUUCACAACUGUCGACAGAACUGCGAGCGAACAAACUGCUCGGCAGAUGGCCUGGAGAUCCAGGAGCAGGCAGUCAAGUUUUACCAACAGUCGGUGUUCGACAAGCUGUUUCAGUGGAGCUGCGCGGACGAGUGUCAGUACGGAUGCAUGUGGCGAACGGUGCUUGCCUUCUUUGAGCGCGGUUGGCCGAUUCCGCAGUUCUAUGGCAAGUGGCCCUUCCUUCGCCUGCUGGGCAUGCAGGAGCCGGCCUCGGUUAUCUUCUCCUGCAUUAAUUUUAUUGUUCACCUGCGCAUGCUGCGCAAGUUCCGUCGAGAAGUUCGUCCAGACAGUCCUUGCUAUAUGCUGACUCACAUAUUCGCAGUGACGAGCCUCAACGGCUGGAUCUGGUCCGCAAUUUUUCACACAAGGGACUUCCCACUGACCGAACUGCUGGACUACGCCUUUGCCUACUCCAUCAUAUUGUGCUCACUUUACGUUAUGGUCAUGCGGAUGCUGCACCGCUACUCUCUGUUCCUGCGUGGUGUAAUUUCACUGGCCUUCCUCUCCUACUACAUUAACUACUUUGCCUACCUGAGCGUGGGGCGGUUCAAUUAUGCUUUCAAUAUGAUGGUAAACGUGGCCACGGGAGUAAUAGCGGCAGUAGGAUGGUUCGUUUGGUGUCACUUUGUGCGUACCCGCCGGCCCUACUUUAAAAGGAUCCUGCGUUUCUAUAUUCUCAUGGCGCUGGCCAUGAGCCUUGAACUGCUGGACUUUCCGCCUAUUCUCUGGAUUUUAGAUGCUCAUGCUCUGUGGCACUUGGCAACAGUUCCUCUGGCAUCCCUCUACUAUGAGUUUAUGAUAGAGGACUGUCGAACCCUGCGAAAGGAGAAGGCUGCGGCCGGCGGCUAUUCAUUCUACAAUUAGUAUUAUUUAAGACAUUCUGAUAUCAGACCGUUCUGGCAGAAAAUUAUCUGGCGACAAUACAGACGUAUUUUACAUCAAAAGUUUCGUAUUUUGUUUUAUAAAAUAAAAUGUUUACUAUUUUAUGGAAAGUCAAACCGCCUUUGACAGUAACCAAAACG